AUGGUUCUACUACAUUGCAACAGGGACACUUUCAACAGCGACUUCGACUGCGUGACGAGUGUGGUGUUCAACAAGUACCCUAACCCGUAUGCGACGCACAUCCUGUCGACGGAUGUGAUUGACCGGCACUUGGACCGCAGGGGGGACGUGCUGUUCACGACGCGACUGAUACGGAAACAGGGUCGGCUGCCCGGGUGGGUGCAGUGGAUAGUGGGCGGCGUCAAGAUCAGCGACUCGUGGAUGAUCGAGUACUCGCGCGUGGACCGGCGGCGGAAGGUGCUUACGACGUAUGCGCGGAAUCUGGACCACACGCGGGUGCUUAAGGUCGAGGAGCGCACUACGUACGAGUACCUGCCGGACAGGCGGGCCACAAGCGUGCACAGCGAGGUCACCUUCACGAGCGGGCUGAACGGCAUCAAGCACAAGAUCGAGGCUUUGGCGCGUGCGAAGUUCGAGGAGAGUGUCAAGAGGAGCAGGGAGGGGAUGUCCCUGGUGAUGCAGAAGAUAGAGGCAGCUGCAGAGCGUGUCGCAGCGAUCAGCGUCGCUCAGGCGCAGGCACAGGCGCAGGCGCAAUGCCAAACACAACCUCCGCAACCACAGCAGUCACAAGAACUUAUUUAA